CACAAAAUAGGAAUAAGUAUGUCUAACAUUCAUGCCUAACAAGACCACAUGAUUGAUGCCUAAUAAUACCUAAAUUUGUGGCAAUCAGUUUCACUCUACAGAUUUUCUGGAAAAAAAAGUUCAACUACGUUUUUUUAUUUUUUUUAUUUUUUUUUCCAAAUCUCUUCCUAACUUCCCUUUCCAUUCCUGUGCAAGCCAAAAAAAAUGGGUCAAAAAUCUGAACAAUUACACAUAAUCUUCUUACCUUACAUGGCACCAGGCCAUAUGAUUCCUAUGGUAGACAUAGCCAGAGUUUUUGUGUCACACAGUAACAUAAAAGCGACCAUAAUCACCACUCCAACAAACGCUUCUUCCAUGUCAAGCAUUAAAUUUGAGCACAAAAUCACAUUCCUAACAACCCCUCUUCCAUUGAAGGAUGUUGGCCUUCCUGAAGGUUGUGAAAAUCUUGUGUCUGCAUCGACUCGUGAUAUUACCUUUAAGCUCUUUCGCGCCAUUGAAAUGCUUCAUCCUAAGCUCGAAAGCAUGUUAGUUGACAAUAAACCUGACGUCAUUGUGUCUGAUUACUUGUAUCCUUGGACCGUUGAUGUUGCUAAUAGACUUGGAAUUCCAAGGUUAGCAUUCAGUGGUAGUUGUUUCUUUAACAAUUGUAUUAGUCACAAUCUUGAAAAGUUUCGACCUCAUGAUCGAAUCGAGUCAGAAAGUCAAGAAUUUGUAGUUCCAAAUUUACCUGAUGCAAUCAAUCUGACAAGGUCACAGUUGCAAGAUAUUGUUAAGGGGAAGACGAGUUUUAAUGCCUUAUUUGAAAGGCUUAAAGAAGCUGAAAAGAAUAGUUUUGGUGUUUUAAUGAAUAGUUUUUACGAAUUAGAACAUGAUUAUGCAGAUUAUUGUAGAAAAGAGAUGGGUAUUAAGUCAUGGCAAAUUGGUCCAUUGUUUUUGUUCAACAAAAGUAUCACUUCUUCAAUUGAUCAUAAUUGUAUGCAAUGGCUUGAUUCAAAAAUGCCCAAAUCUGUUCUUUACAUUUGUUUUGGCAGCUUAACUCGAUUCACAAAAUCUCAACACACAGAGAUGGCAAAUGCCCUUAAAGAUUCAGGGUGUUUUUUCAUUUGGGUUCUAGGGAAAGUUUUGAAAUCCAAUGAUAAUGACCAAACAAAAGAAGUUACUGAGGAAUGGUGGUUGCCUGAUUGGUUUGAAGAGAUUAUUACAAUGAAAGAAAAUGGUGAUCGAUUGGGUUUUGUAAUAAAAGGGUGGGCUCCACAAGUUCCAAUCCUCAAACAUCGAGCAAUUGGAGGGUUCUUGACUCAUUGUGGAUGGAACUCGAUACUUGAAGGGGUGAGUGCAGGCGUGCCAUUAAUUACAUGGCCAGUGUUUGCUGAUCAAUUCUACAAUGAGAAGCUUAUUACACAAGUUCUUAAGAUUGGGGUGGAAGUGGGAAAUGUAAUUUGGAAAGCUUGGGCAACAGAUGAAACUGAGGUCAUCAAAAAUGAAAAGAUAAAGACAGCCAUUAGAAGAGUUAUGGGAGGAGGAGAAGAAGCAAAGGAAAUUAGAAGAAAGGUGAAGGAGCUUAGUGAUUUAGCACACAAAGCUAUUGAAAAAGGGGGGUCUUCAUAUAAUGAUAUUAAGGCAUUACUACAUGUUAUUAGACUACAUAAACAAAAUAAAAUGUUACACAACUAG